UCCCUUGUCAUUCUCUUAUAAAUUACAGACUAAGAAGAUGUUAGAAGUUUUUGUGUCCUUGAAUCCCAGGAUUGGUAGCAUCCACACCUUUUUAUUACAAUUUAGAUAGCUACCUACGUGUGUGAUUAGGCUCGUCUGUUAAAAACUCGGGUCGGAAAUUGGGAAUUGUGUGCUAUAUAGUCCAUGUCCAAGUAAGAAUAAUCCAUGGUAGUUAGAGCCAACUGUCUGCAUGCAGAAGCAGACACAGAAACUGCCGAGCUUCACAGAUACAAGAAUAGGUCCGUGACUAUGUGAGAGAUUAUGUUGCUAUAAGCUUCAACAAUUAAACAUGUUGCAUAGAAAAUUUCUGUCAACCAAUUGAACCUUAAGCCCUUAAGAUUGUUCAUGUUUUGGUCAUUUUGAUCCUUUGGCACAAGCAUCAAUUUGGAUGUUCUGAUGGUGCCAGAGUCAACCCUUUUUGUUGCUCUCCCUGGACUGCAAAACUGUGCCGUAUUACAUGCUCCAAGCAGCCUAAGAAAUAUAGCCACCAGACAUCUUAUACAAUCCCAUUGAGGUCGGUGUCAGUCGCCCUUUGUUGACUUUGAUCAUCCAACAUGGAAAUAAGAUAGUUUUAUUAAUCUAAGUGCAGAGAGGUUUAGGUGCACAAAUUCACAACUUGGCUAAUUUUCUAUCAAGGUGUGCUGAUUUAUUCCGCAACCAAUACAAAUUUCGUGCUAAGACCGCCUGCAAAGUUGACCAUAACUAUGUUAGAGAGAGAGAGACUUGGUCACCAAAAAUAAUUUCCAUUGACUACAAGCACUCUUAACGUUCCAGUAGAACCUUCUAUUUUUAAUAUGUAAAAAAUAUAACAUAAAAAUAAGAUAAAUCCAACGUUAACUUCGUCACAUCCCCGCCUAUUUGUCUUCACAGUCGUACUUUAGAGAUGAAGGCAUUCACAUUCAUCUUCUCUUCUUUCCCACAACUUUGAAUAGUAUUCUCUCUCUCUCUCUCUCUCUCUCUCUCUCUCUGAAAAUGAAUCUCUAUCCCUUGCAAAAGAUCUCUUUUCUCCUUGUGAUCACAAGUACUAUAUGCCUAUUCUAUAUUCCAAGAUCUUUGGGUGAGGAGGAUGAUGAGCAAUACCUCAAGUGCAGCGCUUCGUCUCAAUGCGCAAAUUUUCCGAAUAUUGGUUACCCUUUUUGGGGAUCAAGCCGGCCCAAUUAUUGUGGCUACCCGGAAUUCAAGUUGAACUGCACCGGGGACGCCCCGGUGAUCUCAUUCCAGGACAAAGAUUAUCGAGUCCUGGAUAUCAACCAAAGUGCAAGUACUCUUAGAAUCGCUAGGACAGACUACUGGAACAACGUUUGUCCUGUGUCACCUGGCAACACCACAAUAGAAGUAAACCGUGUAGAAUAUGCUUCAGAUGUUCAAGAACUACUGCUGUUCUAUGACUGCCCCCCACUCAAUAUUCCUCUUCCAAGUCAGCUAACAAGUCAGUUCAACUGCAGCAUAAACAGCACUGCCAAUUACAUCAAUUACUUUGUCACACAAAACCUCACGAAUUCUGGGCUCGCGAAUAUUAGUGAUACCUUUGGAACGUGCCACACGACCGUCACUGCCCUUGUUUCGCAAUCAGCUGGUGAAAAUUUGGCGAUGAAUUCCACCAAGGACAAUCUAGUUGCCGUUCUUGAUUCUGGGUUUGGGUUGAAAUGGGAUGCAAGUAAUAACUUGUGUAAGCAAUGUAACGAAACUGGUGGUCAGUGCGGGUACAAUACAUCAACAGCUGAGUUCACCUGCUAUUGCAAGGAUGGACCUAAUCCCUCGAACUGUGCAGGUAUGCAUGCGCUUUAUAUAGUCUGGUCUAGAAACAAGUGA